AUGGCAUCCACCAAACCAUUCAUGGAGGCGGUCAAGGAGCGCCGCACCUACUACCAGAUCAACAACAAAGCCACCGUCUCCGAUGAUCGCAUCGAAGAGCUCGUCAAGGAGGCCGUUCUCCACGUUCCCAGUUCCUUCAACUCGCAGUCCGCGCGCCUAGUCGUGCUCCUGAAGAAAGAGCAUGAGACAUUCUGGGAGAUGGUUAAGGAAGUCCUGAAGCCGCAGGUGCCAGAAGAGCAGUUCCCCAAGACCGAGCAGAAGCUCGACGGUUUUAAAGCCGGCUACGGAACCAUCCUCUUCUUCGAAGACCCCAAACCCGUCAACAACCUUCAAACCGCCUUCCCCCUCUACGCUCAGCAUUUCCCGCAAUGGUCCGAGCACACCUCGGCGAUGCACCAGUUCACGCUGUGGACGGCGCUCGAGGCCGAGGGCAUGGGCGCCAAUCUGCAGCAUUACAACCCGAUCAUUGACCAGAAGGCGCAGAACCACUGGAACGUGCCGCAGGAGUGGAGCUUGAAGGCGCAGUUGGUGUUUGGAGGCCGCGCGGGCGAGCCGGGCAAGAAGGAGUUCCAGCCCGUGGAGGAGAGGAUGUUUGUUUAUGGGAAGUAG